AUGCGGGCUUUGGUUGUUGUCCUGUUUCCAGCUCGGGUUCGCUUGCACCUCGGCGUGCCUUUGCUUGUAGAUGUCUGUGCGUGUGUGCGGGCGCUGGUUCGGCUCACGCCGCGGCACAGUCGAGCCAGUUCCGCAGGUAUUCAAGGUAGGCCUGUGCUCACUGGGAUGGCUGGCGGUGUCAGAAAGAUGCAACAUCAAGAGCCUUCGGAUGGAAUACAUAUUCUGGUCAAAGGCCUGACGGGUGAUAUGCUGCUGGAAUGUCGGGUGCCAGACCAUGCAACCAUGCGGGAUUUAGAAGCGAGGCUAAAGGAAGCAAGGCCAGAGUGGAAGUUUCAAUAUAUCGCGCUCAGCUAUGGCGAUUGCAUCCUGAAGAGAUCGCACCAGGUUUGGAAGUCGGCGGACUCAGGGAAGCUCGAACUGACUGCAACUGCCUCCCCUUUCUGCUGUCGCACAGUCUUCGCCAUCCUGCACGAUUGCUUCGAAGUGGCCAUCAAUGCGCCAAUGAGCGAAAGCGAAUGGGAAGAUGUCACAAUUACAGAGCUACCUUUGGACGAUCUUGCCGGCACACACCUCUAUAUGAUGUUCCGGAAGGAGUUUGGGAAGGCUUUCGCGGACAGCCCAGAUAUCAUGUUUCUCAACCAUCUCAGCAUGAAGACCCUCGCAGAACGCAUCACCAGCAGACUCACGCUGCUGCAAGAAAGUGAGCCAGGCGGCGCAGCCUAA